AUGGGCUUCCUUAUCUCCCUUUCUCUCUGUUUCUUAUUUAAUCUUUUUAUCUCCCUUUUCUCCUACCGUCUCUAUCAUCUUUUCUUAACACUCUCUAUCCCCCACCUGCGUUUCUUUCUUUUGGGAUCUCCUUUACUUUCCUUCCUUUCACAACUUUAUCCAAAAACCUCCCGGGUUCGAGCCUCUCAUUGUGUUUGCUUUUCGUGUCGGCCAUCUUCUUUUCAACCUCUACCUGCAGCCAUAACGAACCACUCCCUUUCAUGGUUGGGAGGAAGUAUUCUCUGUCGACAGAAAUGGUGUGCAGGGUCUUACGGCGAAUCUUUUUUCUUUUUCUUGUUUCUUUUUCUGCGAAUAGAGCAAGAAUAUGGGGACGAAGGCGUUGCUUAUUUUCUUGCUUUCUGUCGUGCUUGCUCGGCAAUCAUCGUCUGUUUAUAUGCCGUAUGUAAUCCUCUCGUCUCUCUUUUUUAUUUUUCUUCUUUAUUCAUCUCUCCGUGUGUAGAGGGGGGAGUUUUACUGCUCUUCUCCCCUCUUUUCUCCCUUUCCCCUCUUCUCCCCUCCUCUGUCCUGUCCCUCUCUCUCUCUCUCUCUGUCCCUCUCUCUCUCCCUCCCCUCUCUCUCCCCCUCUCUCUCUCUCCCUGUCCCUCUCUCUCUCCCUGUCCCUCUCUCUCUCUCCCCUGUCCCUCUCUCUCUCUCUCCCUGUCCCUCUCUCUCUCUCUCCCUCCUCUCUCUCUCCCCUCUCCUCUCUCUCUCUCUCUCUCUCUCUCUCUCUCUCCCUCUCUCUCUCUCUCUCUCUCUCUCUCUCUCUUCCCCUCUCUCUCUCUUUCUCUCUCUCUCUCCUCUCUCUCCUCUCUCUCCCUCUCUCUCUCCCUCUCUCUCUCCCUCUCUUUCCCUCUCUCUCUCUCUUUCCCUCUCUUCCCCCUCUUUCUCUCUCUCUCUUUCCCCUCUCUCCCCCUCUCUUUGUUUAUUUCGUAA